CAUUUUAUUUUUUCCAUAUAUAUUUCCAAUAUUUUUCUUAUUGAUUUUCGUCUAUUAUCUUUUCUAAUAAGUACUUUUAACCUUUUAUUUCUAAAAAAUUUAUAUCUAAUUCUUUUUUUUAUGUAUUUUUUAACCUCAAUAAGCAUUCAUUAUUACUUAAAAUACUCUCUUGAUCCCCAAAAUCACAAAAAGCAUCAAUUUUAGCUUAUCUUAAAGCCAAUAGAAUAUCUUUUUUGUUAUUUUUUUAUCUAAAUUUUAAAUUAAAAACAAAGUAUUUUCUUCUUUGAUUUCUGGGACAUUUUCGAAAUUUUCAUUUUGUUUCAUUUUUUAUUUUUGUUUUGAAAUUUAUUCUAUAUCCUUUUUUUUAGUUAAUUAUUUAUGUAUUUACUUAAAUUCUUCCCAUUCUUUUUUAGUUAAAAUAUUCAGUUAUUAUUAACCUUCAUUUUGUUUUUUACAUAAGGCCAAAAGUUAACAAGGAAUGCUAUUUUAGAGGGCUUUUUAUGCCAAUAAAGCCUCAUUUUUAUCCUAAAAAUGUACAAAGCAAUAUCCUUUGGAAAUAUAUGAAGAUUUUUUUUAAGGUAAGUCGAUUUUUAAGACUUUAAAUUUGUUAAAUAUUUAAAAAAUAACCUGUUUAGUGGCUUAUUUAGGAAUAGGUUCUAUAUAUAAGAUUUCUUCGUCUAUUUCGGAAAUACUUAUAGGGUUUUUGGGGUAUAUUAGGUUUGUGUUUUACUCUAAAAUUAAGUCUGAGGAUAAUUAUAGAGAUUCUUUUAAGAUUUAAAGGUUAUUUAUGGGUAGGAUUUGGGCUUAUUGAAGUAUUUUUUUUAUUUAGUUAAAAUUUAAGAAUAUUUUUAAAGGAAUUUUGUUGUUGUUUUCUUUAUAUGUUUUUUAGAGAUAACUGUCUGUUUUUAUAUUUUUUAUGUAAUAUUCUAUUUAUUCUUUUAGUUA